UAUUGGCAACGCGACACACACAAUGUCAUCACGGAAUCGUCAGCCUAGGGCCAGUUUGAAUCAAGAUGCGGAUGAGGAGCGCAGGUUGUGGACUAUGAUCAGAGAUGGAGCAAAGAAGAUUGAUAGUAUGGUGGCUGCUUUGUUAGACGAACUCUCCGACAUGACUCUCGACGACCGGCUCGAAUCCCUCUAUCGCGAAAACGUAAAGAUCAGCGAAGAAGUCAGCCACAUCAUCGACGGCAAAUCCGACGAAAUGAGUUUGCUCGACAGCAUAAAGAUCCUCGCCGCCAUGCGCGAAGCCUCGGAGGAAACCUUGCACAUGAGCCGCUCACACAGCAGAAAUGCAACACUGAAGAGGAAAGCAGGAAGUAUGGAUGUCGAUGACGAGGCGAGUGGGACAGGGAGUCCGCGGCCGGGACCAACCAGACAGGCAACAACGGAUAGAUUGGCAGUGGCGGAGGGAAAAAGCAGAGAGAGGAAUAGAGAAAGAAAAGUCAGCGUGAAACUCGAAGACGGGGCCGAAAGCGUGGCAUCGAGUGUCGAAGCAAACGAACCACGAACAUCCAGACUCCAACUCUCCCUCGGCGCCCACGUCUUCUACCGCAACAAAGGCCGCACCCAAGAAGGCGAAGGCAUCCUCUGCCGCGUCACAAACGUCAUUGGCGAAGGCAAACAACGCCGCUACGAAAUCCAAGACGCGGAUCCUGACCCCGUUCCCGGCGGCGAAUUACCACCGCCCUAUCGCGCUUCGGUCGCUCACCUCAUGCCCAUACCCACCGAAAACAAGGGGCUUGCAGACUUGAACAAGGGCCGUCAUGUACUUGCCCAAUAUCCUGACACGACAACCUUUUACAAAGCAGAAGUAAGCGCAAACUGGCGGUCCAAAGACCUCGCACUCGACCGCGGCGAUUACGUGCGUCUGAGCUUCGAGGGCGACGAGAUGAAAGUCAUGGAAGUGGAACGUCGCUUCGUGCUCGCCGAAAAGGAACGA